AUGCUUCACACCCUCGGACCCAAGAAUGGGCUUAUAACUUUACUGAGCAAUUAUCUGAGUGGUGAUGAAGGCAAUACAAGCAAUAUUGUUCAGAAGAUAAAACAAGCACCGCCGUCAGUUUUAAUUCCAACAUUCUCUUUUUUAGGACGUUGGAUAACAAUAAACAUGAAUAAUCCGAAAAAUGAAACUAGCCAACAUAAGUUAAACGAUGCAUUUCAAUUUCUCGGAGUCAUCGCUAAUAGAGUUCCUCCAGUUUUAGUUCAUUUCUCAACACACGACAUGAACUGGGAUAUUUUCGACCAACAAUGGGUCUUCAAUCCAUUCUUCAAGCCAAUAAAAGAGAGAAUUGCACAAUUAAAGUCAUACGUUCAGCCGAGAAAUUUCAUAAUGCAGGCGUUACCUUCAAGAUUAGAGCUAUUCGAGAACACAUUCUCUUUUGAUGGCGAACUACUUGACUUAGACCCUGCUUACGAGGUCGCAAUCAUGAAAUAUAUGCGGCGUUUAAUUAUAAAUCACGCGCCGAUGAGUAAAUUCAGAAUUUUCUCGCAUCAAAGGAACUACCGAGAAAUUCUGACCAAAUCCUUCCUUGACGUUAUCGAUUCUUUGAACGAUGCCAAAAAUGCAACUCAUGAAGAGCUUAUUUUCGCGUUUUCUAUGAUAUUUCUAUACAUUAACGCUUUUACAUCCUCCAAUGAGCUGGAUGGCCAAAUGUUUGCCAAAUACUUGCAAUCCAGGCCUUAUAUUUCUCCAUUUUGUAUGUUAGGAGUUGUUAACCAUAUUCCGCAGACCGCCUACUUAUUUAAUCUUCUUACACCACAGGAAGUAAAUUCCAGCCUAGAACAGAUAACAAAUCUCAAUCCUCAGCAAUAUAAUAUGCAAGAUUUCUCAAUUACUAACCAAGGGAAAAACAAAAUAUUACCUUUCGUCAAGCAAUUACCAAAUAUCGUCUCCAAUUACUUCCUUUGUACUCCAAACCAAACAAAUUCAGAAGUCGACCAAAAAAUGGACGACGCGGACUUCCUAACCUUCAUUCAUACAUCUGGACAUCAAAUACCAAUCAAGAUGAAGCAGACUCUCUGCAUCGCUCGCGCUAGAAAAGUCAGUGUUUACGUAGUUUCUUGCAUGGGAAUUUUACUUUUACGGUGCAUCAUAUUUUCAAUACAGAAAACAAUUAUAGAUUGUGCGGAGACACGAAUGUUCACUCCAGAUUUUUGUACUUUUGUUCAAACUGUUUUUUCAAUAUUAAGUCCGGCUUUUGCAUCAGGAAUCUGCGGAAAGUUCUUAGAUCCGAAAGAAAAGGAACAAGAGAUUACAAUUCUCAUCGCCAGAGCUUUGUAUUUCCACGCUUUACAUAUUGCAAUCCAACAUGACUCUGUUGACAAUCUGAGAGCGUUUUUGUUCAGAGCAUUGGCCAUUCCUUCAUCAGAGGACACAGCCCGACUCAUAAUUGCUAAGUUAUUACAAUCUGAUUCUCCAAAGAUGUCAGAAAAGACCAUGGACCUCAUCAUCAACUCCGCAGACUUACUGAUAAACCUUGAGUUCAUCGAUGCCAUCACAUUCUGCAGCGAUGUCGGAAACUGCGAAGAAUUCGAGAAAUUAAGCGAAAUGAAAGAACGUCUGAAGCAGAAUAUACAGAUUAUGCCAAGCAUUGAAUCGAAAGACGAGCUCUUCUGUGUAGAAUUUUUCAAAUCUGACAAAGGUUUAAACGAAAUCUCUGCUUAUUUCGUUGGAAAGCUCCAAUCCCUUACAGCAGCGACCGCUAUAAAGGAAAUCUCUAAGAUUUUGGACGAAGCUGAGUCAGAAGACCGACUUUACCAUGCAUUGAGGCUAAUAAUGAUGACGCAGUUCCUCAAACUCAAUGCUGUUGCAGAGAUCUUAGUCAAAUACAUCACGAAGAUGCUCGCAACAUUCGAAAAACCAGCAGAUACGAGUCAAUUUGAAAUCAGGAAGUGCGAACACGGCCUUUUACUUGGCCAAUGCCUUCUUGGCCGCUUGCUUAUCCUUAGAUUCAACGAUUUGGCCCUUCAACUGAUGGAGAACAUGAUGAAUCCUCUGAUGCAAGACAAAUUAGCCCUUCAUUGGAUCGCCAGAUUCACUUCUUUGUACAGGGAAUACAUCACUCCCGAUGUUGCCGCUCUUUUCCUCCAAGUUCUUCCUUCCCUUCCUUCCGCAAACGACCUUUUAGUUUCAGGAGACGACGAACAAGCGAUUGACAUCAUUGUGAACAACAUUGUUGUGCGGAAAGAGCUUCUUCUGCACAGCCCCGAUGCAAUAAACAGCGAGUACUGGAGCCAGCACGACCACGCGAUGUCAUUCUCCAUAGCAACUCUCUGUCUUUCAUCGAGAACAAGCAGAGAAUUGGCCGAAUUCAUUGCCCGACCAAUUUUCGAUGCAGGAAAAGUUCUGAAGUUUAAAGAGGAGAUCGCAAUAACUGUUGCACAACUUGCAGGCAGAAUGAACUUCGAGACAUCAUGUGCUUUCUUUGAGUUCCUCAUGGAGCACAGUCCAUCAGCAUCGAGUGUAAUUGCUGGCAGAACAUUCCUCGCUACAGCAAGGAUUGACGUUUUUGCUUUUGUCUGCCAGAUGUGCAAAGACAUGAUUUCUGGCGAUGCAGCGAAAUUGGACGCGUUCAUGAGGAUGAUUGUGCCAAGUUACUUGAGGUUGAAGGGAAAUGACAACAUCGCAGCGAGAUUACUCUGUAAAUUACUUGAGUCUGUCAAUGAAGAAACACCUAGAGCAUUGCAGGAAGCUGUGAUUGAUGUUGUUUCUCUGAUUUACUUCAAAUUGAACCUUCAGCCUGCAAGAGCUACUUUUGUUUCUUCUGCUGGACAUUUCUCUCCUGAUUUGAAGCAGUUCAUAGCUUUCUCUCUCGCAACUGACAUGUACUCAACAAAGAGAGAUUACAAGUAA